AUGCAGAGGUGGGGGUUGUGGGCCAUGGCCUCCCUGACCCUUCUGUCUGCGAGGGCCUUUCCACCAACGGACAUCAAUAUCAGCCCAGCCAUUGCAGAGCUGCCCCGGGCUCCCCUCUGCCCCCUGUUCUGGAUGGAGUUCCAAGGCCACUGCUAUCGCUUCUUCCCUCUGAACAAGACCUGGGCGGAGGCCGACCUGCACUGUUCCGAGUUCUCCAUCGGCAGGAAGUCUGCCAAACUGGCCUCCAUCCACAGCUGGGAGGAGAACGUCUUUGUGUAUGACCUUGUCAACAGCUGUGUUCCUGGCAUCCCAGCCGACAUCUGGACAGGCCUUCAUGAUCACAGACAGGAAGGGCAGUUUGAAUGGACCGACGGCUCAGCCUAUGACUACAGCUACUGGGAUGGGAGCCAGCCGGAUGAUGGCAUCCAUGCCAACCCAGAAGAGGAGGACUGUGUGCAGAUGUGGUACCGGCCCACCAGCGCACUGAGGUCCUGGAAUGACAACGCCUGCGGCCAGAAGUUCCCCUUUGUCUGCAAGAUCCCUUCUCUGAGUAUUCAUUGAUCCAGUCUUGCCCGCUUGAGCUCGGCUUCAGCAUCAGCUCGUAGCUGUACCUAGUGGAGAGUUGACCCCACACAAAUGUAAAACACACAGAGGAGGCCAAUAUCCCAAACAGAGAUUUGGAGCAAGUAAAUCUUAAUUCUACAGGGCUGUCUCUUGGCCACAUAACAGGAAGCCCAAAUCAAAAUGACCCAAGAAUCAGGAGUCCAAGGGUUGAUAUAGAUUCAGGGUUGAACCCCACUGGCCUGGUUUGGGUCAGAUGCCCAACCCUAAUGCAAUUUUGGCACAUGCUCAGAGGCUAGGACCGGUGUAGACAUCGCAGGGGUAGAAAGGAAUGGGAAUCAAUACCCCUGGGAAGAUGUUGGCCAAAGGGUGAAAACUUUCUGGAAUAAGAUAAUCUGGAGUUACAAUGCACACCAGUGACCUAGUUCAGGGUGAUAUAUAGUAGACUUGAAAUUUGCCCAGAGUGGAUCUUCAGUGCCCUCACCAGGAUCAGAGGUAAAUAUGUAGUUCGUUAAUGAACUUGAUGGUGGCCAUCACUUCACAGUGUAUAUCAGGUUCUACAUCCUCCAUGGAUGCUGUAUUAGUCUCUCUUACC